AUGUUAAUGUCUAAAAUGCUUAUUCUUGCUGAAGAAUUUCAAAUUUUAAUUUACACUUCAAAUAAUCUCCAAAUAAAGAAGCAGGAUAACAUCAUCCAUCACAUGACUCGACAUAUAUUAGAAAAACGUGUUAGUAAAAUUUAUAAUGAAACCAUGAACAACAUUCGAAAAGAUUUACUCUCUGUAACUCAAAAAAAUGGCUAUGGUUGUACCACGGCAGAUGUUUGGACAGGAGGCUCACGUCGUUUUUUGGGUGUUACGGCUCAUUGGAACACUUUUCAUUAG